AUGAAAGUAAAAAUCAAAUGUUGGAAUGGUGUAGCAGUUUGGCGAUGGGAUGUACCUAAUGAAGAAGUUUGUGGAAUUUGUCGCGUUCAUUUUGACGGCUGUUGCCCUACUUGCAAAACUCCGGGGGACGAUUGUCCACUUAUAUGGGGCGAAUGUACGCACGUGUUUCAUAUGCACUGUUUACUAAGAUGGCUUCAAACGGAAGGUAGCCGUGGACAAUGUCCUAUGGAUCGUAGAACUUGGGCACUAUUAUAUAAUAGAUUAUGGUCACAUGAGUUGGGUUCAACUACUGACCCGUUUACUACAAGGAAUUCAUUGGUACUUGAGAUCCUCAGAAUAUCGCUAAUGGCUACUAAAGCUGCUUACAAGAGAUUGACCAAAGAAUACUUGGCCGUACAGAAGAAUCCACCACCAUACAUGAUAGCAAAGCCGCUAGAAAAAAAUAUUCUUGAAUGGCAUUAUGUUCUACGAGGGCCUCCUGACACACCUUAUCAUAAUGGAGAGUAUCAUGGUGUUUUAUUAUUCCCACCGGAGUAUCCUUUCAAACCUCCUUCUAUUCGUAUGACGACACCUUCUGGACGAUUCCAACCAGAUACAAGAUUGUGUUUAUCUAUGUCGGAUUUUCAUCCAAGUACUUGGAAUCCUAGUUGGAGUGUUGCAACUAUUUUAACUGGAUUACUGAGUUUUAUGACCAGUAACGAAGCUACUACGGGGAGUAUCAAGACGACGGACGCAGAUAAAAAAAUAUAUGCUGCACGUUCGCAUCAAUUCAAUUUAAAUGAUCCAAAAUUUAGAGAAUAUUUUCCAGAACUUUGCAUAUCUGAAGCUGUACCCGUAGAGAUUCUUUACCCAAUAUCAUCGAGCAGUACUCCUAUACAAACAUCUACUGAAGUCACAAAAUCAGUAAACCCCGUUCCUCCGGCACCACAACGAAAUGACCUUGGAGUGGUCAAUCAACGACUUAUAGCAGCAGCGAAAAAUCAGAAUUUACAACGCUUUGGACACGCAACAAGAGUUGUACAAGUCGCAACCGAGAUUCUUGCUCUCCCUCGUCGACACACUUUGUAUAUAAUUUCAAAUGCACCUGAAUUUAUCUUCCAAGGAGCGAUAGACCAUGGUGCAAAAUAUAGACAUGCACUUAUAGAUGCCGGUGUUCAACAACCUCGAGCAUACACUGUUGAUAGAUACCAAACCAUAGCUGAUCUAGAAUUAUUCCUUAAAAAUAGACCUGAAAUGAUAGUAAGAGAGACUGAAUGGUUGAGAAAGGUAAAGGCUGAUAUAGUAUUGUCCGAUGCACCUUUCCUUCCUUGUGCUGCUGCUGCUUCAGUGGGAAUUCCAUCAGCCAUCGUUAGUAAUUUUACAUUUGACGCGGUAUAUAGUGGUUUAUGUGAAGGUGAUGAAUUAGAUAUUACCAUAAAAAGUCUAGUGGAACAAGUAAAAGAUGAUUAUAAAAAAUCUGAAUUAUUAAUUCGUUUACCUGGAUAUAUUCCAAUACCAUCAUAUUCUGGAACUCAACUUUAUCCUGAUUCAAAUUUAACUAGUAAAAAAAUUACUUUAUCAAAUGGACGUAUUACAUUAAAUUCUUCUUCAAUUGGUUCUGAUCGUAUUAGUAAACGUCGUAAUGUUGUUGAUGUACCUCUUGUUGUUAGAAAAUCUAAAACGCCAAGAAAUAUUGUACUUUCUAAUCUUGGUAUAUCAAAAGAAAUUUUUGAUACACACAAAGUUUUAUUGGUAUCUUUUGGUGGUCAAAAUUUAGUAGGAAUAGAAGAAUGGGGUUCUCCUUUACCUGAUGAUUGGAUUGCUAUUGUUUGUGGUAAUCCGGGUGCUGUUUUACCUGAUCGGUUCUAUGCAUGUGCCAAGGAUGCAUAUAUCCCCGAUUUAACAAAUGCUGCAGAUGCUGUAAUGGGAAAACUGUUUAUCGAAGAAUAUGGUCUACGUAAUUUAAUGGAAAAUCAAGGUUCAUGUGUAGAAAUGUCAAAAGAUCAUUUUGAAACAGGACAAUGGAAAGAAUAUAUAUUAAAAGCAUAUGGUAUGCCUGGUGUUUGUCAAAAUAUUGAUAAAAGAUUAACACAUGAUGGUGGUAAAGCAGCUGCUCAAAUAAUUGAACAAUUCUUGGAUGAACGUUUAGGUACUACUAGAAGAGCUAGAAGAACUAAUGGUUUAGUAUAUAAUAAUAGAGCGGUCUCACAACUUUCAUAA